CAUUUCCGUACACAAAUCUUCUCAACUGAUGACGUGUGCUUUGCACAAAAAUCCCCUUGUUUUCAGUUUCACAAUAAAACCGGAUAAAGGUAUUCCUCUAUAAACCGAGGGUAUUUUUUGUGUGGACUGUGUCUUGAAACAUAAAGGAAAAUGGAAACAUUGUACCAUCAAACAAAUAAGCAAAUACAGGAGGUGCAGUCGCUCAUGGGACGCCUGGAGAACACAGAUCGUCAGUCAGUCCACUUGUUGGAGAACGAGCUGCAGGCCAGAAUCGACCAGAUCUUCAGCCAUUUGGAACGUCUGGAAAUCCUGGCUAGCAAAGAACCGCCAAACCGGCGUCAGAACGCCAAACUGCGGGUAGACCAGCUGAAGUAUGAUGUUCAGCACCUCCAGACGGCGCUGAGGAACUUCCAGCACCGUCGCUACUCACGAGAAACCCAGGACCGAGAGAGGGAGGAGCUCAUGAGUCGUACCUUCACCACCAACGAUGCAGACACCUCCAUCCCCAUAGACGAGACGUUGCAGUUAAACUCCAACCUGAACAACGCACACAGAGGCAUGGACGACCUCCUGGGCAGCGGCAGCAGCAUCCUCACCGGACUCCGGGACCAGAGGGGCACUCUCAAGGGGACCCACAAGAAGAUGCUGGAUGUGGCCAACAUGCUGGGUCUGUCCAACACGGUGAUGAGGCUGAUCGAGAAGAGGGCCACCCAGGAUAAGUUCAUCAUGAUUGGAGGGAUGCUGCUCACCUGUGUGGUCAUGUUCCUGGUGGUCAAGUACCUGGGCUGACCAUGACCACAACCACAGUUUUGCGUUGGUCUUGGACAUUUUUGCACAGGAAGCCCAUAAGAUACGUGAACGGUGAUAAAUUAGGCUUGUCUUCUAAUCGGAGAGCUCCUUGAAAGUAUUGUUUUUGCGAUCGGAAGGCGAGGAAUUAUCAGUCUUUUAAUUUCCAUGGGUUUUGUCACCCACUGCCAUUUCAACCACUCUUUGUUUGCACCAGUAAAAUGGGUGUUAAGCAAGACAUAUACACUGAGUGUACAACACAUUAAGGAUGCCUUCCUAAUGUGAGUUGCACCUUUUGCCCUCGGAACAGCCUCAAUUCAUCUGGGCAUGGACUCUACCAGGUAUUGAAGGCGGUCCACAGGGAUGCUGGCCCAUGUUGAUUCCAAUGCCUCACGCAGUUGUCAAGUUGGCUGGAUGUCCUUUGGACGGUGGACCAUUAGUGACGCACAGGGAAGCUGAUGAGCGUAAAAAACAGCAUUGCAGUUCUUGACACAAACCAGUGCACCUGGCACCAACUACCAUACCCUGUUCAAAGGCACUCUUUUGUCUUGCCCAUUCAGAGAGAGGCACACAUAUACAAUCCAUGUCUCAAGGCUUACAUUUGUUUUUGAUCCAUAUCCUCCAUUUAUACUGAUUGAAGUGGAUUUAACAAGUGACAUCAAUAAGGGAUCAUAGCUUUCACCUGGUCAACCUGUUAUGGAAAGAGCAGGUGUCCUUAAUGUUUUUGCACUCAGUGUCUACUUUAAUUUGACUUCAAACUGAACAACAUGGAACCUUGCAUCGCUGACACCUGUCACUCAUCUCGGCGGUCAUCCACCUGACGGCCUGUGUGUGAGAUAAAGAACAUUUCAUGACUGGCUACCUUAUUUCAAACAAAUUCUCCUUCAAGGUCCAUUUCCUUCCCUUAGUCUCCCUUAUAAUGAGUUGUCCAUUGCCUUGUGGGUGGUUUCAUCUUCACCAUCUAUUUGAAGCACUAUUUGACUGUUUGCUGCUUUUUUCCCAAUAAUGGACAGAAAAAAAGUUAUCUGGAAAUGGAUGAAAAGCUGAUGUUGCACCUCAUCACACAUCCUAAUGACACUGCCUGGAGAACACUUAUGUCAGAUGAACCAAUACAUGUAUGUAGCCCAGGGAGGAAGAGGGCAGUGAACAGGGACCUGUGAACAAGCUACAGACCGAUUAGUAAGAACAAAAACACAAAAGUGAUGAAAUAUUCUGCUUGUCAUGUUUUGAGAAACUAUCUAUACAAGGUGUAUUGUCGUCACACUUUCAAAAUGUAAAUUGUCUGGACAUUUGCUUGGCCCUCAUCUCACUAUGUUAGUGCAACCAAGGUUCAAAUUGUAAUUCUCUGAAAGAUAAAAAAUUAAACAUUUUAAAAACUGGUCUUAAA